AUGAGUUCAGGUGCGCGCGCGGCGUUUGCGGCGUUUCCAACCAAUCUCGAUAUCCGGGACUUUGUCAAUUCAAAAGAGAACAUUGUAUUCGCAACUCGAAUAACCUGCGAUUCUAUCGACGAGUGUCCGCUGGAAGAAUUUGAAAAUCUGAUUUACACUCAUGUCAUUCGACUUGGAAAACCUCUGGUCAUUGAAGGAUUCGAGGACCGUCUCAACCAGAACUUGUUCUCGGUAGACUGGCUGCGGAAGUACAAGGGAGGACAAAGAGAAGAAUGUCGAGAUCUGGUCACCCAUCAAAACACAAAGUUCUCGAUCGCACAUUACCUGAAUAAUAUGUCAACACUCACCGAAGGCAAUGUGGUUUCAAGAUGGGAGAGAAGAUCGGAACCUCAGAGGAUCUAUCUCAAGGACAUCGAUUGCCCGGAGGAAUGGCACAAAUCGUUGGAAACGAUCAUCCCUCCCUUCCUCUUCUAUUCCAACGAGUCCCCAAAACCCUACGCUGGCCCGGGCUCCAAAUACACCGAGCUGCCACCCUGCCCUCGAACAACAGACAACAUCCCCAUUGCAAAGGCUGGAGAUCUCAUGAGUAGCCUGCCUGAAGAGAUGCGCGCAAAGAAUCUCAUGUGCUACAUCGGUCAUGAGGGAACCUAUACCGCAGCACACCAGGAAAUGUGCGGCACUCUGAGCCAAAAUCUCAUGGUGGAGGCGUCAGAUGGAACUCCCGAGGGCAACAAGAAGAUGAGACCAGGAUCUUCGAUCUGGCUAAUGACGGAGACUCAUGAACGGCCCCUUGUAUCCGAGUAUUGGAGGUCGUUUCUCGGCCACGAUCUUGACCUAGAAAAUCACUUCGCACAGCUCGACGCCUGGAAGAACGCCCCAUUCACAACAUAUGUGGUUGAGCAAACCCCCGGGGAUCUCGUUCUCGUCCCUCCUCUUUCUGUGCAGCAGGUGUGGAACCGCGGCACUAGAACAAUGAAGGUCGCUUGGAAUAGAACGACCGUCGAGACUCUGCGGUGGGCAUUAGAUGAGGAGCUUUCCCGUGCGCGAGCGGUUUGCCGGGAAGAGUCAUACAAGAAUAAAGCGAUCAUCUACUACACCCUGGAAAAAUAUUCUAAGCUGCUCGAGCAAGACCCGGAUCAAAAUCAUCCCAGCGUGGAUGCACUCUGGGACGACUUUGAAUAUUUGUUCAAGAUGUUCACUGACAUCCUCUUAUCCGAAAGUUUCUCCACAGGACUCCCAACGAAGAAAGCAGAAUACCUGGAAUUCACUAGCGAUGUGACAUGUUCCUAUUGCCGCUGUAAUAUCUUCAACCGCUUUUUGACCUGCGGGGCAUGUGUGGAUGGCGAGGAAACUUAUGAUAUCUGCAUGGAUUGCUAUGUUUUUGGUCGAAGCUGCAAAUGUAUUUCCAAGCUGAAGUGGGUUGAACAGUUUCACUGGAAAGACCUCGAAGCUCGCCAUGAAAGGUGGCGACUCCAGGUCAUGGCUCGCAAUGAAAAAGAGGGAUACGGGAUGGACCAUCCUGUCUUUUCUGCUGUUCGGGCUUCGAUGACUCGAAAGUCAGUGGCGGAGAUUUGCCAAGAGCAACUUCGUGUGCGCCCCUGGGUCGACUGCAACAAGGAAGUGAAACCAACAACCCCCAGUGACUCUGAGUCGGAAGAGGUUCACGGGCGUCGAGCCGCAAAACGUCGUAAGACCAACAACAACAACAAGAACAACAACAAGACCAAGGACAAGACGGUCAAAAAGAAGCCCGGUGAGAUGGGACGCUGCCACACUUGCAAAUCUCGACCUAUCUGGACGCUGAAACACUGUUCAACCUGCGACUCACAGUACUGCUACGGUUGUCUUUUCCGUCUCUUCGACCUGCCACCAGAGCAGGCCAUGCAAUUAUCUGUUUGGGAAUGCCCCAAAUGUAAGAAGAUUUGCAGCUGCGCCGGCUGCAACAAAAAAGCGAACAUGAUGGAGCCAUACAUGCCCCAAAAGAUAUUGCUUGGGCACGACACACUCAAGGUUGCCGAUGAAAGAAGUGUCGAGUCGCUGGUUGAUCUUCGCCAGUCGAAUGUUGGAUGGAUGAAGAAGUUCCAGCGGAUCAAACCUCAUUUCAUUCAGCAGCGCCUCGACAAGCUCAAGCGCGACGCCGAGGAGGCGCGCGAGGCCCUGGACGAGACGAGGGAUAUCUUCCAAGUUGAUAAGAAGAUCAUCGCUGAGCAGAACGGAGCGCAUUUCGACGAUGCGCAGAUGAACGGUGCGCAGAUGAGCGAUGAUAGCAUUAUCCGGGAGGUCUACAAGUCCAACGAUCUGCUCGUGGACCCCUCACUGCGCCUCGAUGACACUUUCAUGCCGACCCUCGACCCUGCUCUGGGCUGCGUGCGAUGA